GGCGUGGACACUGCUGGCGACCGAAUCGUGCCAGUGACUCUCACCCCUCGUCACUGACGCUUCUCCACCCACAUGGCUACUUUCCAUUGAUACUUCCUCACACCCCACACAUAACCAUGAACAUCAAAGUGCUGACAGUGCUGACACUCCUGACGGCGGUGCUGCAGGUUGUCUGGGCGCCCCCAGUUGCAACGUUCAUCGACUGCGUAACGGCCACUCCUGCGGUGCCAGCGUUCUAUUAUAUGGCACUUGGUCCCACGUUUGACACUGACAUCGUGGCAAAGUGCUCCCAGUCGUGCCUACAAAGUGGGUACCAGUAUGCGGGCAUCAGCGAGGGAACAUACUGCUUCUGUUCAGCAUUGUUUGACCCCGCCGCGGCCGUGAGUGCCCCGUUGUGUGACUUCCUCUGUGACGGUCUGGCUUGUGGUACCGAGGAUAGCAAUGUGUUCGCGGCCUAUGAUACUGGGGGUGGAAGUCCUGCGUUUACCAUGGUAGCCACUAACGAUCCUGUCACCGUACAAGUGGACCUGACUCCGGAGGCCCUCGGGGCGUCUUUCCUCGUGGACCUGGAUGUAGAAGCCCCGCCCUCCUACCUCACCCUCGCCUCCAUCUCGACACCUGGUUUUCUCGUGCCUGGACUCUAUACCGUCAAAGUGCUGGCCAUGAUAGAGGGGACGAAGCUGUCCUCGUAUGAUGAAACUAACCUGACCCAGGAGGCCAUACCAGUGAUAGAUGAAGUCGCCUGUCCUAUUGUAUGGGAGCCAAAUGAACUAUACUACUGUAAUGUCUCGGUUACGAUGCAGAAUGAGCUGGACUCGUACACCUCCACCUUCAGCGACGACCUCUCAGCCUUCUCCAUCACUGGCAUUGGGUCAGAGAUCUACCGUCUGGGCACACCACCUCCCAGGGGCAUCAGCUUAGAGGUCGCCGCUCCAUACUCGGACAUAGACGAGAUCCGUAAAGCAGUGCCAAUCUCCCGGGCAUCACAGCUCCUCGCUCUAGACUUUUAUGCUUAUGCUGCGGGCGACAUCACUGCUGGCAUUAUCCGUCCAACGUGCGCCGGUGGAGUAUAUUCUGUGGAUGUGGGAGGCUGUAUGACUCUACCCCCUGAUGACCCCGAUGGUCUCAUCCACACCUGUGAGGCCACUGGUACCUUCUGGCCUCAGGAACCUACCUGUGGGGAUGGCGCUGGUGUUGGAAUGGUGGAGGAAGCACCGGCAACAUGGGCGUUUGUGCCAGGUGCUUCCGUCACAAUGACCUUCGUAGAGCCAGGUUUCUAUCGUGAACUGCUGGCUGCUCCUGUUGACCUCCUGCCUGGUGAUACUAUCUCUGCCACUGGACCAGUUGGCAAAAGCCCCGUGGAGAGACAGUGGGGAGACGUGGUCGACGGUGUGCCCACGACCUCCCAUCACUACGUAGCUGCCGUCGUUAAGGAGAAGAUGCCCAUACAGUUAGCUCAUAUCUGUACCACUAUUAAUGUAGAUGUUACCCUCGAUGUUGUAGAUGAUGACGCCACCGCCGCUGCUCUGGCUAACCACACCUCUUGUGAACGAAACAUCACUGACAUAGCGCUGGUAAUAUCACAGAUAGAGACUGACCUCUUCAACACCACUGUAAACUACGUUGAGCCUUACUACAUCAGGUCCAAUACAGACGCUGACUUCAUAUUCGUGUUCAGCGUGGCGGGGCCGACUACCUUUACCUUGGCAUAUGAUCCACCCAUUGGCCUCAAUAAUACCUUUGUUGAUUUAACGGACUACCCACUUGGCCUUGCACCCCACAACAAAACAGAGGUGCUUCAGAUGGCCGAUGACUUCGUGUACAUCAUCACAGUGUACGCGGCCAAUCAGCACAAUGAUCUAACAGGGCCAGUAUCAAACACGGCUAUCCUGUACGUCCAACACCCGGUGCUGCCCACCUGGACUGUGGCUCCAAAUCAUCCUGUUGGUUUCAUGAUCCCGUCCCAGCUUGGUGAAAUCAUCUUCAUCAAUUCAGACACCUUGGCUAAUUUCCCAACAAACGCCUCAGCAUACGUAGAGUGGGGAGACGGCAUAACACAGACCUUACCUUUCGAACAUUCUGGGGACAAACAACCCAUCUUGAAACACAACUACACAAAUCACGGCAUCUACAAUAUCUCCGUCUAUAUCUACAAUGUCGUCUCAGGAUACAAUGUCUCUUGUCAGAUUCUUAUCGUGGAGGAAAUUAUCAACUUCGAGGUAUACGUUAAAUAUUUCCCGAGUGAGACGUCGACAACUCCUCGAGACGGCUUCGGCAAAUAUAAGAACCAGUAUCCAUUGGACAAGAAUUUAACUUUUUUCCCAGUGAUGGCACAAGGGACUGUGAGUCAGUAUGUGGCGUAUAAUGACACGUCCACUCUAGAGAUGUUUACAUUCGACGUCAUUGAUAUGUUUAACCCAAUAGAAAUCCCUUUCAAAUUCCACAUUGAUUACGAAACGUUUGUUAACAUGACGGUGUACGCCAUAAACGUCUUCCAGAGCGUCCCAGUGAGGCUCUUUAUAGAGAUCGUCGGGCAAGUGAGGAACUGUAUGAUUGAUGACUUCUCAGACGUCGUGGAUCAGUUUGAGGAGAAGAAGUUCAUGGUGAGUUAUGAGAGUGUGGGAGCAGGGACGUGUCUCGUAAUUCACUGGGGUGACACCGACCUCUCUCUGGUCGACACGUGGGGCGAGAACAUCACCUGUCAGGGUAAAUACCCCGACGCCACCUACCAUGAAGAUCCUUUCCUUGACAUGAUCAUGAAUAUAUCACACACCUUUACGUGGCGUUCCCUGUUCAAUGUCUCUAUCUAUGCAUUCAACGAUCUCAGUUUCUGCUCACAUCGCCUCAUGACCGUUGUGACGGACAUCAAGUGUAAACCACCAAUUGUAUCCAUUAUACAAGGUUCCAUCAGCCACGAGACGCCCCUGUCCUUCGUUAAGAGCAAGGCAGCCAACAUUUACACACUCGCCUCCUUGGAUUGUGACCUCACCAGCACCACUAAAAAACGUUGGCAGCUGUACAGAGCAAACGGGACGGGAGACUUAGAGGCGUACAUACCAACCAUGGACGUCAUCCCCUCCUGGAACAAGGCACAUCUAUCAAUACCUAAGUUACACCUGGACUACAACAUGUAUGUGGCCUGGUACACCAUCACUAUGUGGGAUGACGCAAUACCUCCAGGUUGGACAUUCCAGAAACGAACGAUGACAUAUUUUGAAAUUGGCCAGACGCCUCUAAUACCCAUACUGAUGGAGAAUGCUGUGAGUAAAGUCAUCCGCGGGGUGACUCAGGACCUCCUCCUUCAACCGGGUACUCUCUCUAUAGACCCUGAUGAUCCUGAUAAUAAGAAUUUCAAAGUAGAGUGGCGGUGUCGGAAGAUAGAGGAGGCUUGGCCUGCUUCUGACACCACAGCAAAGCUGAUGUCACCAGUCGCAGGUGGUGGUGGUUGCUUUGGUCAUGGGCCAGGUCUGCUUGAUUACGCUGGGACAGAGUUGUUGAUAGCAGGUGAUGAGUUCGUGGCCAUUAAUCAGGUGUACGAGUUCCAAGCGACUGUCUCCAAGGAUGUCCGCACUGAGGCUGUGAUUGGCCAAGUGCACAUUGUAGAUUACGUGGCUCCUGUCCUGACUAUGAGAUGUGCAUCACCAGCACUGUGUAAACCUUUUGGAGAUGGAGUGUACAUGAAUCCUUCCAGUCGCAUGGCCAUUAUUGCUGAAUGUCUGGAAGCCUGUGAUGGGCCUCUCGACUACGACUGGGCAGCUACAGAUGUCGACGGCAAUCUCUUCCCCCAAAACACAGACUAUUUUCCACUUGGUUUUGAUAAUAACGAGGUCUCCUUCAGCACUCAGUUCUUCGAUGACAAUCCAGACUUGACAGAUUUUCAUUUGUCCCUCUCUGGUGUCAACUCUUUCAACAGGAAAGGUUUUGCCUCAUUCUUCAUGAAGGUCAAUAAGCGACCAGAGAACGGUUAUUGUCAGGUUAUCGAGCCACCCACACGCCUUGCCCUCGUUGACACAUAUACCCUAGUCUGUGAUGAAUGGACAGACCCAGAGGACAUUGGUGUCACUCACUACGUUGUUAAUCUAAUCAACGAACUUGGCACGAGAUCCACAGUACUGGAGAUGAAACACUUCCCCAUCACCCCUCAGCAGGAGCCCAUGGUACUCCCGCCUGGUAAACUGCUGGUGGAGGUGAAGGUGUAUGAUGAGUGGGGCGCCUACACCGUCGUCAACGUUGCCGAUCUCGAGGUAUUAAUGCCUAAUGAAGACCAAGUUGACCAGGCAGCUAUCGAGGCCUACAUCGCAGAGCUACAAGGUGCUGGCGAUGUACAGCUGCUGAACAUGGUGCUCUAUGCUCAGUCCAAAGUUAUUCAGGAGGCACCGUGGCUGUCUCUAGAUGAAAGUUUACCUGAGGAUGAAUUGAAUGCUCGAAUCAUAAAAAUCGCAGAAGCAAACAACGUAGCUCUGGCGGCCAUAAAAGAGAACACUAACUACGACACUCUGGCCUCUGUCAACAUUGCUGCAGGGAUCAUGUCAUCCAUCUUGGACUACUCGCUGCAGACGCAGUAUACUCUCCAGACCAUAGACACUAAAGCUCGCGAAAAAGUCUUAGAUGUGUCAGAGGAUGCGAUCAGCAGUAUUAUGGAGUUAGAUGUACCAGAACCAAAUGACCUCGUACAGCUGGUGACCCUUAUUGCAGGCAACAACAUGGCCAUGGGGAAGAAUCAAGCAACGUUCGGUAGUAAACCAGAGGAAGGGUGUUUCGCCGUGCCCUCUGAUUUCAAAGAUAAGGAUAGCUUUGAUUAUAAUUCUGAAGUUACUGGUUUGGACAUGGUACAAGAAGCUGACCCCGAUGUUGCUGCUAAAUGUCACAUCACGGACACCACGCGGGAAACAGCUGUGAAAAUGGUUCCAGACUCAGAUAAAGUCUUACACAAUGUUUCGAUGAAGAUGAUGGGAGGUUACGUGGUGGGGGAAACUCACGAGUUCCAAACAUCCAAUGGCGUCUACAUAAAAAUGGGCGUAGUACGAAGGAAGGAUUUGAUUAAAUUAGACAUUGGGAUAACAGGCAGUUCUGUGGGGCUGCAGAACGCUUUUUGCCCUCAACUCAACUGUUCAAUGGAGAUGCCUUUCGGAUUUAUCAUUCGGGAGUGGCCAGUGAUCCUGCAUAGCUUCCCGAAAACAGUGGAUAAACUUUCAAAAGGGACGAAGGUUAUUGACUACGAACUGUACUCGCGUGACUUGGAGGUGCUGGUGAUCCAGGACCUCCCUCCUACCCAGACAAUUAAAGUGACUAUUUCCAAGACGUAUGGGGAAGACGGCAACACAACACUACCAGCAAUGACGAAGGUGAACGCCAUUAAAGCAUCUGCUAAAAAGACCAUACCGGUGAUGUAUUCUACCUUCAACGUUACCACGAGUGACUCCGCCAUCAGCUUGGAAAUUUUGCCAGAUAAUGUCACCAACCGCCUCUUUCUGAUGAUAGACAAGCCCCGUUUGCCAACUCUGAAACAUAAUAUGAGAUUCUAUUUUGUAAAAGACCUCACACUGAAUGAUGGUAUAUAUAGUGUGUUCAUCCUAGCUAAAGAUCUUGCCGGCAUUGGUCGAUAUUUCGUGGGUGUUGGAGAGUUUGAGGAUAAUUUCAAGAUAAGCCACAUGGCCAACCCCGUCAAGAAAAAAGUCAAAAUGAACGUGGUGAAAAACAUGACAACUGACUUCCUGCUGCGCAUCACUGUCAAUAGCGUGGCAUUUAUGAACCUCACCACACUGAACUGGGAGUCUGGAGGUCUAAAUGUGACAAAAGCCACCCAAACCUUGACUUAUUUGGACAGUAGCCAUCUGACGAGCUUCGGGUCGGGGAUGUUCGUCAUGCCCAACACUAUCGACUUCAACUACGUGUUCGCCAAUAUGGGAUUCAGCGACAACCUGACCAUCUACCUCACCCUCAUCAUCUCCCUCUCCAUCUUCCUCAUUCUCCUCGUGUGGGCGCGUGUAAAAGACAAGAAAGACGUAGAGAAGCUCGGUGCUGCCCCGCUGCCAGACAAUAAGGUAGAAGACAAAUACUUAUACGAAAUCCUAGUCUUUACGGGGAACCUCAAAGGCGCACAGAGUGACUCCAUCGUGCAGUUUAUAGUGUCCGGUGACGAUGAUGAGACAGAUGUUCGGACACUUGGAGACGAUAAGAGAAAAAUUCUUCGCAAGGCUGAUGUGGAUGUCUUUGUUAUGGCUGUUCCAAGACCUCUGGGAGCACUACAGUUCCUCAGGGUCUGGCAUGACAACAGCGGUAAGGGACCCAACGCCUCCUGGUACCUCAGCUAUGUCGUGUUCAGGGAUGUCCAGACAGGCGACAAGUACGAGUUUAUUGCUAACAAGUGGCUGGCUGUGGAGAGUGAUGACGGUCAGAUUGACCGAAUUCUUCCAGUAGCCGGGAAAGCACAGAAGAGGGAGUUCCAGCACCUCUUCCAGAACACUAGUAACAAGAACAUUGCUGAUGGUCACCUCUGGUUCUCCGUCUUCCUCCGGCCUCCCCGCUCACGUUUCUCAAGGUGUCAGCGAGUGGCCUCUUGUUUUGCUCUCUUGUUCCUCUCCAUGUUGGUCAACGCCAUGUGGUACGACCGAGUUCCUGAACAGCCCGGAACAGGAGGUCUUAAGAUUGGUCCCUUCAGCCUGAGUCCAGAGCAGAUUGGUGUUGGAGUAAUGAGCAACUUGAUCGUGUUCCCACCAUCCUUCCUCAUAGUGUUCCUGUUCCGUAAUGCUCGUCCAAGAGUCCUGCGCAAGUCACGCAUCGAACAGGCUGUUGAGAGGACUCGCACGUCAAAGAGGCCGGGCAGUUCCAGCAGCACUCGUUCUCUUAUUAACUCCGAACAGCCGCCCGACAAAACACCACAUAGUCCUGACUCAGCAGAUGUCCCUGAUAUAACGACGAAGAAAAUAAUUGAGAAAAAACAGAAGAAGAAAAAGUUCACAUUACCUUGGUUGUUCGCCCUGGUAGCUUGGCUCUUAGUUGUGGGCUGUAUCGCGGUGUCUUGCUUCUUCCUCCUCAUGUACGGCGUCAUGUUCGGCAACUCUAAGGCUACCAAGUGGAUCACCUCCCUCGUCAUCUCCUUCUUCACCUCCAUCCUCUUCAUCGAGCCCCUCAAGAUCUUCUUGAUGGCAAUUCUCAUGAGCGCCAUCUUUAAGUCUGGUAACCUGGACGAGGAUGACGCUGACGAAGACGAAGAAGACCCGCUGUUGGAGCAGGAUGAAGCCUGGCUACACAAAGGAGAAAGAAACAAACAAACUCUCCACCACAACAAAGUGGACGAGGAUAUCUUGGAGAAGUUGAGGAAAGCCAGGAAGAAGGAGAUAGAAAUGUGGGUCAUCCUGAAGGAGAUCUUUGCCUACUCCUGUUUCCUGUGGGUCUUCCUCAUUAUUACAUAUGGCAACAGAGACCCUAAUGCAUACCUCCUGCAGAUGAACUUGAGACAUUCUUUCUUACACGAGGGUAACCUGGAUGGUCUAGAUUUUACGAAGGUGACCAACACUGAUCGUUUAUGGUACUACUUAUUUCAUGGACUCCUCAAUCCUCUGAGAGCCCAGCGUACGUACAAUGACAAGCCUCCAUAUGGCCUGCGGGGCUUCCUCAACGACCAAUGUAAUCGCAUCAUGGGUUACGCCACCAUCAGACAGAUACGUAUUAAGGAUAAAACUUGCAGGGUACCAAGUGCGCUGAGCUACUUUGGGCGGAACUGCAGCGGCUAUACAACUAUAUUCAAUGAAGAAUCUCGGCACUACUGCGCUGGCUGGCAACUACCUAAUAAAUACACUGCCAACUCUCCCAUGUGUUCUAUAGAAGAGUUCAGGUACUCAACUGCAGCGCAAAUGCAAAGUCUUCCAAUCUGGGGACAAAGAGAUUGGUACAGUGGUGGUGGGUACGUCAUCCACCUUAAAGGCAAAACACCAGAUAUUAUGAGGAAAUUUAGGCAACUACAAAGAAACCACUGGAUUGACGAGAAGACUCGAGCUGUCAUAAUUGAAUUCUCGGCCUACAACACUCAGGUUAACUUGUUUGGGAUGUCGCUGAUCAUAGCAGAGUUCACCCCAGGGGGAGGCAUCACACCCAACUUCAGGUUUGAGGGUAUACGACUACUACAACACCACGACAACUUCGGUAUUUUUAUCAUCGCUUGUGAGGUUGUGUUCAUCCUCUUCGUCAUCUACUUCACCGUGUUAGAGACGUUCCGCUUCUACAAACAAAGGCUCGAGUACUUCAAUAAUUAUUGGUCCUAUGCUGAGAUUUCUAUCAUCGUGGCCAGCUACUCUGCCAUGAUCGUAUAUGGCAUCAGGUAUAUGGCCACAAACGAUGUCCUCACGACGUUUGACAGGACCUUUGGGAAUGGUUACGUGAAGCUUCAAUAUGCUGCCUCGCUGGAUGAGAUGUAUGGCUAUAUCAUAGCCUUCAUUGUCUUCGUAGGCACACUUAAAUUCAUCAAGCUUCUGAGGUUCAACAAGAGAAUGGGUGUCCUCUCGGCUACUCUUCGUCAGUGCUGGGAUGACCUCAGUGGUUUCCUGAUGGCGUUCUUCCUCUGUUUCUUCUCCUUCGUCGCCUUGUUCUUCCUGCUGCUCAACCAAUACAUGUUGGGCUUUUAUAACUUCCUCAGUGCCAUCGAGACCUCCUUCAGUAUGAUGCUUGGCAAGUUCCAGUUUGAGGAGAUGAAGCAAGCGUCAUACGUGGUCCCCUUCAUGUUCUUCAUCUUCGUGCUGUUCAACUCAUGGGUGCUCAUCAACCUGCUGCUGACCGUCAUCAUCAAGUCCUUCACACAGGUUAAGCACGAUCUCCUGAAGCAGCCCAAUGAGUACGAGAUGGUGGCAUUUGUGUGGGGUCGCUUCCAGACCUUCCUGGGCAUGGGAGGCCCGUCCCAGGUGUCUCCUGUCCUCAACACUACUAAAAAGGCCAAAGAAGAGGAAGCACAAGAGAACAAGAAUGUCCAAGAAUUCCCAAACAAAGUUGACAAGUUCUUGGACUAUCUGAAUACAACUUACUUUGAUGGCACCCUUGAUAUGAGCAGGAAAGAUGCCCUCAAGUCCUCUAUGUACAAAAACCCAGGAACCCGUGAAGGAAGUGGCCGCUUUAAUACCAGAUCCUCAGAGUGACUUGAGUGAUACAGUAUAGUAAUGCGAAGAGGAGUGCCAGCCAGCCAGCCCCUCACACACCAAGGCCCGACUCACUCUUGCAUAUAUAGAAAUAUCCUUAUGUUAAAUCAUUAAUAUCAGAAGAACUUAUAAAUAAACUAACAUUGCUGUGUCAGGUUGUUGUGAAGAGUGUAAUAUGUUUAGUAUUUUUGGACAUUCGUCAUUCAGUAUGGCAGUAAUAACAUCAGUUUCUUAACCAUUAGAUUAUCUAAGGAAAUUUCUAGAUAUUACUGUAAUCUGGCUACUGAAGACAUUAUGUAUCAUAUUAGCUUAUUAUCAGUAGUUUUGAUGUUAAGUCAUGGGCAGUAGUGGAUCUGUUCCGUGUUGUCUUAUUCGCCCUGAAAAGUUUGGGUUUCUCUAUAUCCGCGUGAGACACCUACCAGACCAUGUA